CCAUCAUGUGGGGUAUCUUACUGCUCAUUGGAUUCUUGCAUCAAGCUCUGUCUGUAUCUCAAGAUGUUGUUUAUACAACGGGAAAACUAAGUCCACAGGAUUAUGAAUUUCUGAGAGGACUUCCGACACCUAGAGCAUCCUCGAGUGGUUACAAGUAUAAAUACGUCAGCAGCGAUGGUGCCAUUCACACAUCCAAACCAAGUUCCCGACACUCAGUACAGGUAGCUGCAACCCUGAGAACAUCAGAGAAGGGGCAUUAUGAGGCAGCUUUGAUUUGUAGCUAUAUGGUACGUCACAUGCCAAGUACUGUUUUUGAGCGAUUAGCCACUCGUUCAAAAGGUAUCGGAAUCUUUGCCCAUGGAGAAGGUUUAUCGGCUUAUCCUGAGAUGGCCAACACUAAAGACAGUGCCGCUUGUAGAGGACGAUGCGACGGAUCGUGUAAGGUAACCUGUACGUUUGAUGGUCGUAAAUGGGAUACGGUAGCCGGUUCCGGUGGCUCUAGAGCUCUGGUUCUAGAAGACAAUGUUCUAUGUUUAAGUAGCGAUCCCUAUCGACAUAAAUACAAUGUUCUUAUACACGAGUUCGGCCAUAAUAUCAAAUUCUACGGUGCCGAGUCAGCUUAUAGAUCGAAGCUGACUGCGGCUUUUGCCAAUGCAAAAAAUCAUCACAUAUACGGACCGUCAUAUGCUCUAUCCAAUGAAGACGAAUAUUUUGCUGAAGGAACUUCCGGUUGGUUCAACGUCAAUCAUCAGAAUUAUGAUGGCGGGCUCACAGAAUGUAAUCAUCGAUAUUGUAAAGAUGAAAUCGAGUCGAGGUUAAACAUCAAACAACACACACCUGAUCUGUUUGAGAUAUUGAAUCAUAUUUAUAAUAAUGGUAACAUGAACCUGCGCAGUGGACUCAAGAUCUGCCAGUCAUUUUAACCACCGGAAACUGACUUAGACAAGAUGACCCAGUCUGGUCAU